CCGUCCAAGUGUGUUGGGCGCAUAAGGAAAUCCAGGAAAUCCAAAAGUAUUAGACGUGAUACAAUUAAACUCUGCCUCGUUUUCAUCAUUAGGUUGGUACGGCCACCUCUCUUUUCCUCGUUUGCCUCAUCAAGAAAAUCGUUCGCUGGCAAGACCCAAUGCAUGCAGAGAAGACGAACGCUGAUUAAAAAAGAAAGUGCAGCCGAAACGGCCAUGCAUUAAUGACGGGAUUUAUUUCCUAAUUCUGUUUCGUUUUCGAGGAAAAGUCUUGCGGACGGUCGUCCAAUCCUCUUUUACCUAAAUCGUAGAGCUCCUCAUUACGCGCCCAAUACACCUGGACGGAGGGAGUACGUACGAUGCUCCUACCAUUUACCUCCUCUUUUUAUGUCACUAGCUGCUCGCCGUGAUCAUGGCGUGCACGCUCCCCUUACUCCCUAUUUAAGCCGCCCGAUCUCUUGCAAGGAGCCACGGUGACAUACACUGCCUCGUGCGCGUGUCCACUUCCCCGAGAACUCAGUCGUGUAGUGUAAUCGAGCCACAAUCACCAUGCCCUCGCCCGGUAGCUGCAGUCGGCGUAGCGGCGACAGUUUGCUGCUGUCUCGGCCGCCGCCGGUGGCGGACGUGGGCUGCGGGUGCCGCACGCCGAGGGUGCUCAGCUCCAUCUACUCAGCGCUCAUGUCUCGGGCGCGCGGAGGAGGCAGCCGCAAGCCCAAGUCGUCGCACCCGUCGUCCACGUCCACCGCCACCGCCUUCAGCUCCAGCACCACGGGCGGCACCACCGCCACCACGGUCUCGUCCCUGGACGACUCGUGGGGCCUCGCGACCUACGCCGCCAACACGCUCUACGAGGACGACGACCCGGAGGCGAGGCGCCAGCUGAGGCCGAGGAGAAGGACAAGGAGGCACAGGAAGCAGAGGAACCACGGCAGCAGAAGGCCGGAGAGGGGCGUGGCGAUGAUGUCGCGCGGGGGGGAGGAGGAGGAGGAGGAGGAGGCUGCGGUGGCGGUGGAGGUGGAGUCGGCGACGCCGUACGAGGACUUCCGGGAGUCGAUGGUGGCCAUGGUGGUGGAGAAGGAGAUGUACGCGUGGGAGGACCUCAACGCGCUGCUCCACGGGUUCCUCUCGCUCAACUCGCCGCGCAACCACCCGCUCAUCCUCCACGCCUUCGCCGACCUCUGGGCGCCGCGCGGCGGCCUCUUCUGCCCUCCCUCCCCGUGCCUAGGCCUCUAGAGUGGAGGCUUCACGCCGUCAUGCGCCGCCUAGCUAGCCAUACUCCAUUAGCGCCGGCAUAUAUAGCCGUAAAUCUAGCUUAGGCUCUCCAUGGGUUCGAGAUUGUAAUGCACGGUCCCUGGCUAGCUAAUACUACGGCAGCAGAAGGUCCAAGAGGUAGUGUCGUGUAGUUGUUGUCGUUGUAGUACGUGUUUUUUUCCGCAUGUUGUAGUACCUGUUACUCUUCUA